AUGUUCAACCUCAAAUCCGCUGCUUCAAAAGUCAAGAAAGCCCAAUCACUAUGGAACACGCGCGACCCAGGUCAGGUCGUCAAAGCCUAUACACUUGACUCCCUUUGGCGCAACAGAGACAGCUUCCUGCAAGGCCAUACUGCCAUUGAAGCUUAUCUUGCUGCAAAGUGGGCCAAAGAGCAAGACUACAUCCUGCGGAAAGAGCUCUUUGCAUUCAUGGAUAACCGCAUUGCUGUGCAGUUCUGGUACGAAUAUCGUGCCAAGGAUGAGCAAACUCAGGCAGAAUCUCAACUGCAUGGGCAUGCCGACUGGCGACGUUGUCAUGGACUCGAGCAUUGGCAAUUUGCCCCAGAUGGUCGCAUGGAGACACGCAUGAUGAGUGGCAAUGAGAUUGCGAUCACGGCCUCGCAAAGAUGGUUCAAGGAUAGUGCCAGUGUCGACCAAGUGCAGAUCCCUCUGGGCCAUGGUUCAUCAAUGUUGCGAGGCUUCUGA